AUGAGGUUGCUGGGUCUAACUGCAGCCCUCGUCUGCUUCUUUUUGUGUUGUUGCUCCGUCCCAACAUGGGCCUUCUCACUUUCUUCAUUAUGGAAUAGUGAAAAUAAUAAGGUAUGAUAUUUUGGAAAUUAUGAUCUACAGUAACUAAUAAUCAGCGUUUUUCUAGGAAAUGCAUCUUCAUCCAUUGUCACCACCAGAACGCGAAUCAAGAUCAAAACGUCAAGCAUAUGAAGUGAGUUAUUAAAAAACAUGAAAUGAUUCCCGAGAUAAAAAAAAUCAAAUUUAAAAUUAAUCCUUCAAAACGUGUAAUAGUAUCAUUUCUCAAAACAUUUCUAAUUUCAGGUCUACGCUGAAGGAGAUAUUCCGGCAACUGUUGACAAAUCUGGAAAAAAAGAAAGCGGACCAUGGGGACCUUGGACACCAGAUCAACAAUGUUCUCGCACUUGCGGAGGCGGUGUUCAAUCCGAAAAACGCCAAUGUAAUGGAGAUUGUACUGGUUCAUCAGUUCGUUACACAUCGUGUAAUUUGGAACCAUGUGCUGAUAAUACCGAUUUCCGUGCUGAACAAUGUUCUAAACACAACGAUGAUCCACUUGAUGGAAAUUAUCAUCAAUGGAAACCAUACAAAGGAAAGAACAAGUGAGUUGAUUCUUCUUGAUCUGAUAAAACAUUUUUCAAAAUCAAUAAUUUUUGCAGGUGUGAAUUGAUCUGUGCUCCAGAAACCGGAAACUUCUACUUCAAAUGGGCUGAGAAAGUUGUUGAUGGAACAAAAUGCGAUUCGAAAUCCCAAGAUAUUUGCGUUGAUGGAGAAUGUGUUCCAGUUGGAUGCGAUGGUAAACUCGGAUCAAAACUUCAAUUGGACAAAUGUGGAAAGUGUGAUGGAGAUGGAUCAACAUGUAAAACUAUUGAAGGAGUUUUUGAUGAGAAGAACCUUGCUCCAGGAUAUCAUGAUAUUAUUAAAUUGCCAGAAGGUGCCACUAGUAUCAAGAUCAAGGAACUUCGUAAAUCUGCCAACACUUUGGCUUUGAAGAAUGGAUCUGAUCAUUUUUAUUUGAAUGGAAAUGGUUUGAUUCAAGUUGAAAAGGAUGUUGAUGUUGCUGGAACUGUUUUCGUCUAUGAAGAAGAACCAGAAUCACUUGUUGCUCAAGGACCACUUACAGAGGUAUUUGAAAUAAUCAAAUUCAUAAAAAAAAACCCUACAAUCAAUCUUUUUCAGGAAGUUUCUGUUUCUUUGUUGAUCCGUGCAGGAUCUCGUGACAGUAAGAUCACUUAUGAAUUCUCAAUUCCACUUGAAGAAGAAGUCGCUUAUUUCUACAAAUUCGAUGAUUGGACUCCAUGUUCAGUAACUUGCGGAAAAGGAGAACAAACCAGAAAUCUUUUCUGUGUUGAUGGAAAAAAUAAAGGACGUGUCGAAGAUGGACUUUGCGAGGAAAACAAUGCAACAAAACCAGAAUUCGAGAAAUCUUGCGAAACCGUUGAUUGUGCUGCUGAAUGGUUCCAAGGAGAAUGGGAACCAUGUAGUUCAACAUGCGGAGAUCAAGGACAACAAUAUCGAGUUGUUUAUUGUCAUCAAGUUUUUGCCAAUGGUAAACGUGUUACUGUGGAUGAUGGAAAUUGUACUUCUGAAAGACCACCAGUUAAACAAACUUGUAAUAGGUGAGGAUGCAGUCUGGGGCUAAAAAAUGACACCCCGAGCGACCCUUUUUCAAAGUGUUUAUAGUGAGUAAUAAUGUAGAGCCUUGGGGUUUUGGAGAACUCGGAACUUCUCUGUGUAUGGCUUUCGCAUUCCUAAUGCAGACAGCAGAUCUGCUCAUUUUGAUUUAUCUCAUCUCAAAUUCCAAUAAACAAACAAAAAGAUUAAUUGAGUGAAAAAAGAAAAAGCGAAUAAUAAACAAAUUUUGUUUAUAUAUACUUUUGUGAGGGGGUGAGAUUGGGGAUUUUGCAAAAAAAUGGGAGAGGGGUUUUUGAGCCAAAGUUAAUAUAUAUUUCCCUUUUAGAUUUGCGUGCCCAGAAUGGCAAGCUGGUCCAUGGUCAGCUUGUUCUGAAAAAUGUGGAGAUGCCUUCCAAUAUCGUUCAGUAACCUGCCGAUCCGAAAAAGAAGGAGAAGAAGGAAAACUUUUGGCUGCCGAUGCUUGUCCAGCUGAACAAAAAGACAUAUUCGAGACUGAAAGAACUUGCAACUUGGGACCAUGUGAAGGACUCUCUUUUGUCACCGGAGAAUGGAAUUUGUGUACUCGUUGUAACGAUACCGAAGAAACUCGUGAAGUUACCUGCAAAGACACUCAAGGACGCGCUUAUCCAUUGGAAAAAUGUUUGACCAAUGAAACUGAUGCUCCAAUUGAUACCAGGUAAUUUUCAGAGCUCAUUGAAUUUUCAGAAAUCUCAUCUGAAAAUUAAAUUUUUCAGAACUUGCGCCACUCAACCACCGUGCAACUACGAAUGGACUGUUAGUGAAUGGUCAAAAUGUUCAACUGAAUGUGGACAUGGACACAAAACUCGUAGAGUUAUCUGUGCUAUUCAUCAAAACAAUGGACUCGAAGUUGUUGAUGAAUCACAUUGUCAAGCUGAAAAACCAGAAGGAAAAACAAAUUGUACCAAUGAAGAAAAGUGUACCGGAACCUGGUAUACAUCUUCCUGGACUCCAUGUACUGCUGAAUGUGGAGGUGGUGAACAAGAACGUGUUGCUGUUUGCUUGAAUUACGAUAAGAAACCAGUGCCAGAAUGGUGUGAUGAAGCAAUCAAACCAAAAGAACAACAAGAGUGUAAUGUUGAAGCUUGUCCAACUUGUGGAGAUUCUGAAUUUGGAUGUUGCCCAGACAACUCAACUUUUGCAACUGGAGAAUUUAAUUUCGGAUGUUCAAACUGCUCUACAACUGAAUUCGGAUGUUGCGCUGAUAAUGUUACUGUUGCCACUGGAGCCAACAGCUUGGGAUGUGAAGAAUUCGUCGAGGCUCCACUUGAACUUUUGGCUUCUGAUGCUCCAGAAGCUGAUGCUGAGACAACCGAAGCUGCUGCUGAAGCUGAAGCUGAUGUUGAAGGAUCUGCUGCUGAAGCUAUCUUGGAAACUGCUGAAAAUUCAGUCUGCAAUGUGACAAAUGCUGAUGGAGAAGAAGCUUCAGUUGAAUGCAGCACCAUUUUGCCAAGCUUGAGCAACUCUACUGAAGAAGUUUUGUUGGAAGAAGCUGAAAAUGCUACAAUUCAUUGCUCAAAGACUGAAUUCGGAUGUUGUCCAGAUUGGUUCACACCAGCUACUGGAAAAGGAAAUGAAGGAUGUGAGAAAUUCAUUCUUGGUAAGUUUUCGAGAAAAAAGUUUAAUUCUAGUUGAACACAUUUUUUCAGGAAGCUGUAACGAAACACAAUUCGGAUGUUGUCACGAUGAAGUUACUUUGGCUCGCGGAGCAAAUCUUGAAGGAUGUGGUGAACCAUCGUGUGCUGCAUCACUUUACGGAUGUUGUAAAGAUCGUAAGACGAUUGCUUUCGGACCACACUAUGCUGGAUGUGAACGUAGUUCGUUCCCAUGUGAACUUUCUGACUUCGGAUGUUGUCCAGAUGGUGAAACUGCUGCUCUUGGCAAAAAUGGAACUGGAUGUGGUGAAAACUGUUUGAUUUCCAAAUUCGGUUGCUGUCCAGAUGGAAAGACCACCUCAAAGGGAUUGAACAAUGAAGGAUGCGGUUGCGAAUUCUCGCAAUACGGAUGUUGUCCAGAUGGAAAAUCAGUUGCUAAAGGAAAUGGAUUCUACGGUUGCCCAGAAAGCUGUGCUCAAUCAACCUAUGGUUGCUGCCCAGAUGGAAAAACUCGUGCUCGUGGACAAAACAAAGAAGGAUGCCCAUGUCAAUAUACCAGAUAUGGAUGUUGUCCAGAUGGUGAAACAACUGCUUUGGGACCAAAGAACGAUGGUUGUGAUAACUGCCGAUAUGCUAAACAUGGAUGUUGCACAGAUAAUCUUACCAAAGCUCUUGGACCAAACUAUGCCGGAUGCCCAACAACUACAGUUGCACCAUUCUUGAUGGGAGGAACUGUUGCACCAAGAAAGAUUGCCGCUUGUAGUCAACCACAAGUUAUGGGAACAGUUUGUGGAAGUGGAUAUCGAUUGGCUUGGCAUUAUAACAAUGAAAAAGGAGAAUGCACACAAUUCUGGUAUGGAGGAUGUGACGGAAAUGAGAAUAACUUUGCCACCAAGGAAAUGUGCGACACUGUUUGUGUUGAACCACCAGGUAUUGGAAGAUGCUAUUUGCCAAAGGUUGAUGGAAGUUGCAAAGAAUUGAUCCCAAGAUAUUAUUAUGAUACAAACACUAAACAAUGUAAGGCUUUCUGGUGGAAGGGAUGUUUGGGAAAUGCCAACAACUUCGGAACAUGGGAAGAAUGCAGUACAUUCUGUAAGAAUGUUGGACCAAUCGAAGAAGAUGCCCCAGUUACACAAGCACCAGCUGCUCCAGUCGCUCCACAAGUUCAGUAUCCAGCUACUCCUGAACCACAAAUCAGUAUUGAAACUGAUCAAAGAAGUUUGGAAAUUCAAAGACAACCACAACCACAACAAAGACCACGUAAGUAGAUUUUUUAGAAAUUCUCUCGAUUCUCCAAGUUUAUUAAAUUAUCAAUGAAUACUUUCAGAAACUAUGGAAGAUAUUUGCCGUUCUCGACAAGACGCUGGACAAUGUGAAUCAUAUUCCGAUCAAUACUUCUACAAUGCCUUCUCCAAGAAAUGUGAAUUGUUCACUUAUGGUGGAUGUGGUGGAAACAGAAACAGAUUCUCGACAAGAGAUGAAUGUGAGAUCAGAUGUUUCUUUGUUCACGGUGGAACUCCAACAUCUCAACAACAACAACAACAACCAGCUCAACCAGCUGUUCAACCAUAUCAACAACCAGCUCAACAACAGCAACCAGCACAAUAUCCAGGAUAUUCUAUUGUUUCGCCACCACAAGUUGCUCAACAACCAGCUGGAAGAGUUCAAUGUGAGUUUGCCUCGGGGAAGAGUGUUAGAACAAAAUUAAGUUGAUGCACGGUGAAUAUUGAUUUAUCAGUUUUGAAAAUUUGAGAGUUUCAGCAUGAGUGAGAAAAAAUUCAAAAAGUUUCGAGGAAUACUGUAUGAAACAACUUUUCUGAGAUGCACAUUGUAAAAUACCAAGGUACCAUAACGAUUUUCGAAAUACCUACGCACCUUGAAAAUACUGUUAUUAUUUUGAACAUAACUCUACGAAGACAUUUUUUUCGAAAAAAAAAUUUACAGUAGUUGUACAAUCCCCGACUUCAAAAAAAAAAAAACCAUAAAACUUCUUUUAAAUGUAAAAGUUUGAUAAACUGAUUCUCCCUAGCAUGUCUAUUCUGAUCCCAUUUUAGCCAAAUCUCGUGAUAUUUGCUUCCUCAAUGUUGAUGCUGGAACCAAGAACUGCAACGGACAAUUCCAAAUGUAUUACUACGAAGUUGCCACCGGACAAUGUACCACUUUCAAAUACACUGGAUGUGGUGGAAAUCAAAAUCGUUUCUCCAACAAAAGUCUAUGUGAUGCCACUUGUACUGGACCAGCUCAACCAGAUGAACAAUCUCCAGCUGGAGGAGCAUUGUUAUCUUCUCAAGGAGGUUUGUUUGAAAUAUGAAUAGGUGUGAUUUGAACUUGAUGAUGAUGAUUGUGUUAGAUGUUUUGUUAGAGUUUAUUUUGUUUCAAAAAUUCAAAGAUCAAGAAAAAAAUUCACAAUUUUUUUAGACAUUAGGAGAGUCUUUGGAACCUUAUACCAAAGUUUUGAGAGAAACCAUUAAUAAUUACAGCCCCAGUUUCAUCCCCAUGCGCUGAAUCCAAGGACACCGGACCGUGUGAAAAAUUCACCACAAAAUGGUGGUAUAACAAGGCUGAUGGAACAUGUAACCGAUUCCAUUAUGGAGGAUGUCAAGGAAACACCAACAGAUUCGACAGCGAACUUCAAUGUAAAUCUGCUUGCCAAAACUUCUCUGAUCGGUGUACACUUCCAAAAGUUGAAGGACCAUGUUCUGGAAAACACACCUUCUAUUAUUUCAACCCAGCUACUCAAGCUUGUGAGGAGUUUGUUUAUGGUAAGUUUUUUUUGGAAACUAGACGUGAAUCAUAUAAAACAUUGAAUAAUUUCAGGAGGAUGUCUUGGAAACACUAACCGUUUCAGCAGUUUGACUGAAUGUCAAAGCAGUUGUCCAAGUAAGUAAACAUUUAUUCCAAUGUUUUCGCCCUCCCUUUUGUUUGUUUCACGUGAUAUUUCUUGCCCCCACGUUUAUCUAUGAUAUUUUCCUGUUUUCUUUUUUUUUUGUCCGAAUCUCUCUACUGGAUUAUCACUUUUUACUUGAAAAACACACACCCAAAACAACUUUCUUUAUAUCUGAAAAUAUUCUGAAAUUGACACAAAAACUGCCUUUUAUUUUAAUAAUAUUUGAUCACAUUUUCCAAUUAAUAAUAACUUUAUUCCUAUUUAUGAUAUACCACUUUCGAAAAUAAAGUUUGUUGAAGAAAUAAGAUAGAAUUUGAAUUUAGUGUGAGUGUGACUUUAAUUUCUAACCGUUUUCUGAGUUUUUCUAAGUUCUGUGCAUGUUUGCUGAUUUUAAGUUUGCUGUGAAAUUUUCAGAACAAAAAAAUGGUCAAGUUGGAGUUGAAGAGGUAUCAAAAAAUGAACAAAUCUCGAAAAGUGAAAAUUUGAUUUUGGAAAUUGUUGAAGAUGAUGAAUUAGUAACACCAGCUGCAGCACUUUCGUUGAGGUGAGAUCCUACAGUAAUCUUGACUUAUUCUUGCAUGAUUUGAUAUAAUUCAGACAUUCAUUUGCUCAUAAUUUCAAUAGCAUUUCGGAAAGAUCAGUUAACUAUCAAGAUCCGAAUAUUGCUGCUGAUUGUUAUGCUGUUCCUGAUCCAGGAUCUUGUGGAGACUAUCGUUUAGUUUGGCAUUUUUCUGCCGAAUUCAAUACAUGUCGUCAAUUUUACUACGGUGGAUGUGCUGGAAAUACCAACCGAUUUGAAAGCAAAGAAGAUUGUGAAGGAGUCUGCAUGUCUUCACCAAGUCAAAGCUCGAAUUAUGAUCCAAACAAUGAUGUGAGAUUAAUUGAACCUAUUGAUGAGUUAGAAGAAGUUGAAGAUGAAGGACAUGUUGUUAGUAUUGACAGUCAAGCUUUGCCAGAACUUUGUUUGCUUCCUGAACAACGCGGAAAUUGUUAUGAUAAAAUUUUGCGCUGGAGAUAUGAUUCGGAAAAAUCCGAGUGUAGAUCAUUCCAAUAUUCUGGAUGUAAUGCAAAUGCAAAUCAUUUCACAAGUCAGGUUAGUUCCAACGGGAAAUUAUUUAUGCAAAUACUUGGAUAA